AUGUCUCCAGGAAUGUCCCUUUUCUCGGUGCAAGCCGUCCUCAUUCUCGGCACAGAGGACGGCGCCAGAAUCCUGGCCAAAUACUACUCUCCCCCGCACAGCACCGCCGGUAGCGCCGCAGCUUCCAGCAACCCAUAUCCUGACCUGAAAGCCCAAAAGGCCUUCGAGAAGGGCCUCAUCGAAAAGACGGCCAAGCAGACGGGCGACAUCAUCCUCUACGAUAACAGAAUCGUCUUGUACAAGCUCGAGUCCGACGUUAUGAUUUACGUGGUGGGCAGCCCGGACGAGAACGAAAUUCUGCUGUACAACACUGUUCUCGCCAUCCGUGACUCACUACACCUCGUCUUCAAACAAUCCGUGGACAAGCGCACCAUCAUCGAAAACUACGACCUCGUCUCCCUUGCCAUCGACGAAAUCGUCGACGACGGCAUCAUCCUUGAAACAGACCCUACCAUUAUUGUCCAGCGCGUCAGCAGAGCUCCGGCGCAAGACGUGCCCAUCGGCCGCAUCGACCUCAGCGAACAGGGUGUCAAUAAUCUAGCGCAAUUGGGCAAGUCAAAGCUGGCAGACUGGUUACGGCAGGGCUUGUAA